CGGUUGUGUUGGCGCUGCAUCACAGCGCAUGAUAAUUUCGCGCUCCCGCUUGCGUAAACGCACGGAACAGCACGUCAAGCACCUCCACGGCCCGCCGCAGCUGCCCCGCCACCUAGCGCCGCCGUCGCGGUCGCAACAACCACAGUCCGAUGGCUACAGAGGGCGGCCCCGGCACGUCGCGCAAAUUCAAGGCCUUUGACAUCUACAAGAACCCCAAGAAUCUCGAGAUCGCGCCCGUCGAGGACUAUGUGGAAGAAUGCCGGCGCCAGCGCCGCUACCAGCAGGCCGAACGUGAGAAACGUAUGAAGGCGAAGGGCGCGGACCGGCACCCGGACUGGAGCCCCUACUUCCGAAGUUCGUACGAGGGCGCCGACCAGUCGAAGCGCAAGAACCUGGUGUGCGGCGAACUCAUCCCGCAAAAAUUGAGACAGUAUCCAGUCGAUUUUACCCAGCCCUUCGACGGCGGCGCCGGCCGAGCGGCGGCGGACAAGAAGGCCCAAGACGACAAGCAGGGCGUGCCCGACUGGUCUCCUUAUUUUAGAGGGUAUGACAAUCCGAUGCAAAGACGUAGACCGGUCUCUGCCGCGCAAGCCGCAUUGAAGUGCUACACUCGCGAACAAUUAAGUCCAUCGAAGAUGACGGAGCGCACGUACAAGAAGGGCGAGAAGCUGCUCGUGAAUACGUCCGCGCGGAGUAGCGGCGAGGCCCCGCCCUUCAGUCGCGACUUUCCUAAUGAUCUGAACGACGCGGCAGCAGAGAAGAUGUGCUACAACAAGACGCGCGUCUUUGAUCCGUCCGUACCCAUGAAGGCCAAGGGCCACAUGUUCGAGACGACCAAGCAGGAGCAGAUGCGCCAGGAGCACUUUUUUAUGGAGGAGAGAAAGAAGAGGCCCUUCAGCUCGAAGCCGAGGCAGCCCUUUCAAGCCGGUGGCUCCUACAAGCCUCGGUGGGCGGGCGGCGCCUUCGAGGAGCACAUCGGGGCCAUGGACUUGGAUGGCGACGGCGUCAUCACGGCCGCGGAGAUGGCCGAAUUUGAGAAGCGGGAGGCGCGGCGCAAGGCGUCCUACCGUGAGUAAGUUUACAGAAAUUA